UGCGCCUGCGCAGUGGAGCUCGGCGCUCUCGUCCAGAGUUUCUGUGAGGGUCCCCGCGGCACGCGGCGACCCCAUGGCCGAGUCGGAUCCUCUUUUGAGCCGGGACCGCGGCGGCAGCGGCAGCGGGAGCGGCCGCGACUGCCCGGCCGGCUUACCCGCUUGUCGCGGCGUCUUAGUCGGCCCUGGUGCCAAGGCCGGGUGGGAUCUGUGCUUUGACCAAGCUGUGGUCUUCAUCGAAGAUGCGAUCCAGUAUCGCUCCAUUAACCACCGCAUGGACGCCCGGUCGAUGUGGCUUUACCGAUGCUAUUACUCGGACACGUGCCAGUGGAUUUUGAGCUUCGUCAUUUUCUUGAUCCUGUCUCUGGCCUUUAUGGAGACCCCGUCCUCGUUCACCAGCACCUCGGAUGUCCGCUACCGCUCGGCCCCCUGGAACCCGCCCUGCGGCCUGACGGAGGGCGUCGAGAUGCUCUGCCUGCUGGUCUUCGCGGCGGACCUCUCUGUGAAGAGCUACCUGGUUGGGUGGGCCCAGUUCCGGAAGAACCUCUGGCUGCUGGGUUACCUUUUCGUGCUGAUCGUGUCUCUCACGGACUGGAUGGUGUCGCUGAGCCUCGUCUGUCAGGAGCCUCUGCGUAUCCGCCGGCUCUUCCGGCCCUUCUUCCUGCUGCAGAACUCCUCCAUGAUGAAGAAGACGCUGAAAUGUAUCCGCUGGUCGCUGCCGGAAAUGGCCAGUGUCGUGCUGCUGCUGGCGCUCCACCUGUGUGUCUUCACCAUGUUCGGGCUGCUGCUCUUCACCGGCGAGAAGCAGGAUGACGCGCAGGACAGGGAGAGGCUGACCUACUUCCGCAACCUGCCCGAGGCCCUGACUUCCCUCCUCGUACUGCUGACCACGGCCAACAACCCCGACGUGAUGGUUCCUGCAUAUUCCAAGAACCGGGCCUACGCCAUCUUCUUCAUCAUCUUCACCCUGAUAGGAAGCUUGUUUUUGAUGAACCUGCUGACGGCUAUUAUCUACAAUCAGUUCCGGGGCUACUUGAUGAAAUCCCUGCAGGCCUCACUGUUUCGGAAGCGGCUGGCGACGCGGGCUGCCUAUGAGGUCCUCUCCACCACAGCAGAGGGAGAAACCCACGCUCAGGGAGUUGGGGUGAAGCCCCAGGACCUCCUGCAGGUGCUUCAGAAAGUCCAGGUGGACAGUACCUACAAACAGGCCAUCAUGGAGAAGGUGCGAUCCUACGGUGGCAGCCUGCUGUCAGCUGACGAGUUUCAGAAAGUCUUCAACGAGCUUGACAAAAGGGUGACGAAAGAGCACCCGCCGCAGCCGCAGUACCGGUCCCCGUUUCUGCAGAGUGCCCAGUUCCUCUUCAGCCACCACUACUUUGACUACCUGGGGAACUUGAUCGUCCUUGCGAACCUCGUGUCCAUUUGCGUGUUCCUGGUGAUAGAUGCAGACGUGGUGCCCCGUAACCGUGACGACUUCGUCCUGGGGAUCCUCAACUGUGUCUUUGUCCUGUACUACCUGGCGGAGAUGCUGCUCAAGGUGUUUGCGCUUGGCCUGUGGGGGUACCUGUCCUACCCCAGCAACAUGUUCGACGGACUCCUCACCAUCAUUCUGCUGGUUUUGGAGACCUCAACUCUGGCUGUGUACCGAUUCCCACACCCAGGCUGGAAGCCGGAUAUGCGGGGCCUGCUGUCGCUGUGGGACAUGCUCCGUCUGGUGAACAUGCUCAUCGUCUUCCGCUUCCUGCGCAUCGUCCCCAGCAUGAAGCUGAUGGCUGUGGUGGCCAGCACCAUCCUGGACCUGAUCAAAAACAUGCGGGCUUUCGGCGGGAUCCUGGUGGUGGUGUACUAUGUCUUCGCCAUCAUAGGCAUUAACCUGUUCCGUGGCGUCAUUGUGGUUCCUCCCGGGAACGGCAGCCUGGCCCCCGACAACAGCUCGGUGGCCUGUGGCAGCUACGAGCAGCUGGAGUACUGGGCCAACAACUUCGAUGACUUUGCGGCCGCCCUGGUCACGCUGUGGAACGUGAUGGUGGUGAACAACUGGCAGGUUUUCCUGGACGCCUUUCGGCGCUACUCGGGCCCGUGGUCGAAGAUCUAUUUUGUGAUGUGGUGGCUGGUGUCGUCUGUCAUCUGGGUCAACCUGUUUCUGGCUCUGAUUCUGGAGAAUUUCCUUCACAAGUGGGACCGCCGCAGUCGCCUGCAGUCCCUAUCUGGGGAGCGGGAGACCACCUAUGAGAUGAGCACUGUGGAGCUCUUGUUCAGGGACAUCCUGGAGGAGCCGACGGAGGAGGAGCUGAUGGAGAAGCUGAAACGUCAUCCGCACGUGCAGCUGUGCAGGUGACACCCAGGUGCGCCUCCCUGGCUGGGGCCGCGGAUGGUGAUGCGGCCUGGGGACCAAUGUCGACUGCAGCCUGGAGGCAGAGACUUUCCGUUGGACAGAAGCACCCCGUCCGCCUGAGACUCGGGCGGCCUCGAGACCCCUGGGUGCUGGACUGGGACCACCAGCAGCUUCUCGGCAGCGUCGGGGACGGCCGCCGGCACUCGGGGCAGCGUCCGCACCAUGCUUGUCUGUGAGCUAUCACUUUUCUAAGUAUGGAGAGAGGGCAGCUCCACAGGGCCCUUCAGGCAGCCUGAAAAGCAAGGAGCAGCGGUUUCCCUCGGGCCCUGCGACUUCCGUGGUGCCUUCGCUGCUGGCGGCCGUCAGGGACCGAGGCCCCCAUGGGGCCCACGCAGGCCAGCCGCAGCGUCCCCGGCUCUAAGCCUGGGAUCCUGGUGGUUUUACAUGAAGUGAAUCUUGGGUGUUUUAUUAUUGUAUGGCCUGGAUGAAUGCGGUUGAGUGUGUUUGUGUUUCUCUAUGGUCAGAAUGCCAAUAUCAGUAAGUCUCGCUAAGAA